ACACUAGCGUGUGGAAAGGGUAAACCGCGCGUGGUGACCAUAUCAAUCGCACGCCAUGUAAUCUAAACAAUGUAGUCAGUCAUCUCACAGUAUGGCUACCAAACGCUGAAGCAAUCAGCCGUCUUGCCGCAUACAAUCUAUCAUGGCGACUACGGAUAUCGAUAUUUCCAUCGACCGAGGAGGCACCUUCUGUGAUGUUCUCGUACAGACACCUGGCAAAGGCGACUUCAUUUUCAAAUUGCUCUCGGUAGACCCUGCAAACUAUAGAGAUGCGCCGACUGAGGCUAUUCGAAGAGCCCUUGAAGCGGUUGAGGGGCGAAAGAUUCCCCGAAACGAGAAGCUUAAUGCCUCAAGAGUCAGGAGUUGCAGGAUUGGAAGCACAAUAGCUACUAACGCGCUUCUGGAAGGCAAGGGUGAGAGAUUCGCCUUGCUCACCACGAAAGGCUUCAAAGAUAUCUGUGUCAUCGGUGAUCAGACCAGGCCGAAGCUGUUCGAAUUGGCCAUAAAAAAAGCGAAGGCAUUGCAUGCUGUGUCUGUCGAAAUAGACGAAAGAGUCACCGUCGAAGACUAUGACUUGAAUCCCUUUCCCUUAGAUAAGAACCGCGAACUGAUCGAGCCGGCGCUAGUCAGGACGAAGAGUAGCGAGAUCAUACGUGUGCUGAAGCCCAUUGACCUAAAUGAAGUUCGCCAGGUUCUAGAGGAUCUCCGGAGCCAGGGAUUCACGUCGCUAGCGAUAUCCUUCAUGCAUUCAUACCUCUUUCCGGACCACGAAAGUCAGGUUGCAGGUCUGGCAAAAGAGCUGGGGUUCGCUUACGUGGUUUCAUCGUCUCAAAACAGUCCAUUAAUAAAUCUUCUACGCAGGACGAACUCGGCUUUAUCGGAGGCUUACCUUGGACCUAUCGUGCAAAAUUAUGUCAAAGAGUUCCAGGCAGGAUUUGACGUGCUUCCCGCACGGGUGGAUUUCAUCUGUUCUGAUGGUUCGCUGCGGGACGCCGGUCGAUUUGGUGGGAACGAUGCGCUGUUGAGCGGACCAGCCGGCGGUGUGGUUGGUAUCGCAAAGUCCUGCUACGAUGCCGUUGACGGCACUCCGAUCAUUGGGUUCGACAUGGGUGGGACUAGCACAGAUGUCUCCCGGUAUGACGGCCACUACGACUAUCUGAACGAAACUACCAUUGCGGGACGCAACGUCACAACACCGAUGCUCAAUAUUGCUACUGUUGCAGCGGGCGGAGGUUCUAUUUUGUUUGCAAGGAAUGGUCUUCUUGCUGUAGGACCUGAAAGCGCUGGCGCUCAUCCAGGGCCAACCUGCUACCGCAAAGGUGGCCCGCUCACCGUCACAGACGCCAACCUCUUCCUCGGCCGCCUAAUCCUCACCUCCUUCCCCUCCAUCUUCGGACCCGCUGCCAAUGAACCCCUCGACCUCACUACGACAUCGCAAAAAUUUGCCGAGCUAGCAGAAGAAGUAGCAUCACAAACCGGCCGCCGUCUUACGCCCGAAGAAGCUGCUCUCGGCUUCCUCGACGUCGCCAACGAAGCCAUGAGCCGUCCCAUCCGCAACGCCACCGAAGCACGCGGGUAUAUCCCCGAGGCGCACAAUCUGGUUAGCUUUGGCGGCGCGGGCGGCCAGCAUGCAUGCUCUAUCGCGGAGAAAUUAGGAAUUAAAAGGAUCUUGAUACAUAAAUAUUCAUCUAUUCUUUCAGCGUAUGGACUGAGUCAGGCCGAGCUGCAGGCGCAGGCUUUUGAACCCUUUGUGGGGGUGUUUAGUAAGGAUGCUUUACCCGGUAUCCGCGAAAAUAUUGCGGUAGUGAAAGAGAAGGUGCAGAAGGAGCUUGUGGCCCAGGGAGCAGAUGCGGACAGUAUUGUAUACGAGGAGUCUUUGAGUAUACGGUAUGAAGGGACGGAUACGAAUCUGAUGAUCAAGAAGCCGGGGGAUGAAGACUAUGGGGCUGCGUUCGGAGCGACGCAUCUAAGGGAGUUUGCAUUCAAUCUGGAGCGCAGGGUGAUCUUCGACUCGGUUCAUGUGCGAGGCGUAGCGAAGACGGCGAGCUCACCUGGCUCUGAAGGCCUAAUCGCAACACUUACAAGCACGAGGGAGAACGCGAAGUAUCAAGAACCUGCUGCGACCCAAAAGGUGUAUGUAGACCACGCAUGGACGGAUGCUGCGGUGCACACCCUCUCGCAACUCUCCACUGGCGACGCAGUCUUCGGCCCAGCCCUUCUGGUCGACGAAACGCAGACCAUAUUUGUCGAGCCCUCGUUCACGGCGUACAUCCUGCCCUCGCACGUUGCAAUUGAAAAGCAGGAACAGAUCGACUGCGCUCCUGGCCUGGCUCUUGCAACCACUGACGAAAUCGAGCCCGUCCGACUCUCCGUCUUCUCCCACCGCUUCAUGUCCAUCGCCGAACAGAUGGGCAACACGCUCCAGCGCACGGCCAUCUCAACAUCCAUCAAAGAGCGCCUCGAUUUCUCGUGCGCGAUAUUCUCUCCAAAAGGGAAACUAGUAGCCAACGCUCCGCACAUCCCGCUGCACCUGGGGUCUAUGCAGUACGCGAUACAAUGUCAGCACGAAAUUUGGCUGGGGAAGCUCCAACCUGGCGACUCAGUAUUAACCAACCACCCCGAAGUAGGCGGCACACACCUGCCCGAUCUCACUGUCGUGACACCCGUAUUCGACAGCGCAGGCAAAGAGAUAUCAUUCUACCUUGCGAGCAGAGGCCAUCAUACCGACAUCGGUGGCAAGGGCAUCACCGCCAUGACACCCACCAGCAAAGAACUCUGGGAGGAAGGCAUCCUCGUGCGCUCCAUGAAAAUCGUAUCGGCAGGUGAAUUCCUCGAGCAAGACGUCCGCGACGCAUUCGCCAAAGCCGGCGAGUUCCCCGGCUGCAGUCCCACGCGUCGAAUAAACGACAACAUCUCCGACAUCAAAGCCCAGAUCUCCGCGAACCAGCGCGGUCUGCUCCUCCUGCAGAACCUCACCGCGCAGUUUACCCUGCCCGUCGUGCACAAGUACAUGCACGCGAUACAGGACAACGCGCAAGUCGCCGUGCGCGCAUUCCUCCGCCAAACGCUGAAAGACCACCCCGAACCUCUCACCGCAACGGACUACUUCGACGACGGGACAAAACUGCAAGUGAAGAUAACCAUCUCGGAAGAUGGCAGCGCAGUCUACGACUUCACCGGCACAGGCCCGCAGAUGUGGGGCAACUACAACUGCCCCAUCUCCAUCACGCAGUCGGCCGCCAUCUACACCAUCCGGUGCCUCAUCGCGGUCGAUAUCCCGCUAAACGAGGGCUGCCUCACGCCCAUCACGAUAAAAGUGCCCAAAGGCUCCGUGCUGAACCCCGAACCUUCGGUCGCGAUAUGCGGCUCCACGCUCGCCUCGCAGCGCGUCAUCGACGUCAUUCUCCGCGCAUACGGCAAGUGCGCUGCGUUCGCGGGGUGCGCGAAUAGCUUUGGGUGGGGGAUGGGCGGCAAGGAUGCUUUGACGGGGAAGAUCGAGCCGGGGUUUAACUAUGGGGAGACGGUGGGGGGAGGGUCGGGUGCGGGACCGGGAUGGCAUGGUGAGCAUGCGGUACAGGUGCAUUCGACGAACACAAAGAUUACGGAUGCGGAGAUCGUGGAGAAGAGGACGCCGGUAUUGGUGAGGCAGCAUAGGAUUGCGCAUGGCACGGGUGGGAGGGGGCAGUUUAAUGGCGGGGACGGUGCGAUUCGCGAGGUGGAGGCGAGGAUACCGUUGAGGUUCAGCAUUUUGAGCGAUAGACGCGUGUUUGCGCCGUAUGGAAUGGAAGGCGGCGAGCCGGGGAGUGUGGGGAAGAACUUUGCAUUCAAAUGGAAUCCUGAGCGGACGGAGUUGGUGAUGAUCUCGCUGGGUGGGAAGGCGGAGCUGGCGUUGCAACCUGGAGAGCGGAUGCAAGUACAGUCUCCUGCUGGUGGCGGUUGGGGGACACUUGAGCAUUGAGUGGCCUUAGUGGCAAACUAUGAGUACAAUCAUCUAGUCGAACCAAGGUUAGAUCAUCACCAAUUCUAUGUCAUUGUGGAGCAGUCGUCGUG